ACUGCAGACUUGCCUGUACGCGAGGCACACACUGGAAUCAAGGAGUGCUUUCACCUGAUUCCGCGGUGCUGGCUGGUUGUUGGAUUUAGUUUAUGUUCUUGAUAAAUAAGGAUACAAAACUGAUUUUAGAGCAUACUUGUUUCUAGAGUCACUGCAGUGUUGUGCUGUAUCGGGAGAACUACCCAAGUGGAGACUUUGCUGAUGCAUCUUUGCGCGAGCAUCCAUCUCUUGGCGAUUACAAAUAACAUACACAAAGCUGGGGAGACGGUCUACGUCAGCUUUCAGAAAACACACAUCGCUUUUUUCCUCUGAAGCUUGUUGUAGCUGGAAAUUUCUUGGAGAUAGGUUACUAGAGGCACAGAUAUAGCUUACUUUUUGAUAUUCUCACCUUAUAGUUGAGGCAAGCAAAUAGAGGUCGACCACCAACCACAACAGCAUUUCGAGUGGAGUUGAAUUUCUGUGGGCAUCACUAUUUCGCACGGAGCAAGGAGUAUUUGACAUUCAAGUUUUUGUGGAAGUUGCGCACUGACGGAAAAUGGGCAUUUGUGGUUAUUUUGUGGCGCCUUGGAAAUGCCUUGUUGUCAUCGGUGUAAGACUGUUAUUCCUUGUACCUGCAGGAGUGCCAGCGAGGAGCGGGGAUUCUUUUUCUAAGGACAACAUCACUGUCAGACAAGGGGACAGUGCCGUCUUAAAAUGUACUGUGGAUAGCAAGGUAUCGCGGGUGGCUUGGCUCAACCGCACCACCAUUCUCUACGCGGGGGCUGACAAGUGGUCUCUGGACCCUCGAGUGGUCCGAAUGGACAACACACCCGUGACAGAGUACAGCAUAAAGAUCCAGAAUGUGAAUGUACACGACGAGGGGCCCUACGUGUGCUCCAUCCUCACAAGCAACAAACCCAAAUCGUCCAAAGUGCAUCUCAUCGUUCAAGUUCCUGCGAAGAUCACAAACAUAUCGACGGACAUCACAGUGAACGAGGGCAGCAAUGUAACUCUCAUGUGUCUGGCCAUUGGACGACCAGAGCCUAACAUCAUAUGGAAACAUCGCUCUGCAAAAGGACACAAAUUUGUCACUGAAGGGGAAUAUGUUGAUAUGACAGCGAUCACUAAAGAACAGUCGGGAUCGUAUGAAUGCAUCUCUUCCAAUGACAUCUCAGCCCCAGAUGUGAAGACAGUGAAAGUCACAGUCAAUUAUGCUCCCUUCAUUUUGAAGGCUGGGAGUACAGGUACCCCAGUGGGCCAAAAAGGGGUGCUCCAAUGUGAGGCCUCUGCUGUUCCUGGUGCAGAUUUUGAGUGGUACAAAGAGGACCGCAGACUCCUAAAUGGACUGAAUGGGAUUAAGAUAGAGAACCAAGGUAAACAAUCCAUGCUUAUGUUUUUGAAUGUUUCUGAAGAGGACUAUGGAAACUACACGUGUGUGGCCAUGAACACCAUGGGGAUCACCAAUGCAAGCAUAAUCCUCUACGGUCCCGGGACUAUGAUGCAUGAUGUGAACAGGGCUGCUCUGUCGCCCCACUGCUCCUUUUGCCUCCUGCUGACUGUUUUCUUGUUGUUCCUGCUCAAGUUUUGAUGCAACACGGUUCAUCCUCAGCUUUACUCAGCACUGAACAACAACAAGACUCUUGGUCCCAGAAGAAGAAAAGUAACAAAAGGAACUACCAAUAACAUCGUUGGUUCACCCUUCUUUUUUUUUGGUGUGCAUUGGCGGUAUGUCUUCAUUUGGACAAAAACCAGAAGACGGGACACGUCUAGGGUGGUGGGGAGGGAGAGGGUCGACAUGGAUGCUGAUCUGAGGUGAUGGUAGUACUACAGAGUUUGUGUCAAUCUAAACUUUUAUAUGUAAAAAAGGGAAACAAAAAGUUCAUGUAUGUGUUGAUAGUUGACUGGUUUUACCCAAAUAUUGAGGUGUACAUUCGGAUUACUGCUGUGUCAUGUCCUGUUUGAUCUCUGUACAAUAACAUAAGUUUUUCUUAAGUAAACAACAAAAAAAUGAAAACAUACAUUGUGAUUGUUGAAUUUACUGUAUUUUUACAGUUGUAUGCAACAGAAUAGUAACAAAAACAGACCAUUCAAUAUAAACAAUGUCAACUUCAGUGUAACAUAGUGUGCUAUCAUUUCUGAGGCAGAACAAUACAAUAUAAAAUAUUUAUGGAAUUUUUGUUACAAAUGAAGUCCAAGCACUGCAAAACAAACAUGAUUAAAACAUAAACAGUACUGAUAUAUAUUUUUUUUGGGGGGGGGUGUCACUAAGAAGGACUGCAUAGUCCAAGACAGUUUAUGACUGUACGUUGUCUGAAAUUGGCUUACACCUUUUUGAAAGGAAGUUGAGAAUGACAAGGCUGAUAUAGACAGGCAGAAAUGUCCUAUGAAAACAGGUUAUUCAUUGCACAAACAAUUCGGUCUCCCUCUGGCUAUAUACUGUAGUGUCAUCCCACAGUAUACCAUUUAGCUCAUGUUGGUGUCUACAAACAAAACACAAGUGGUUAAAUAAAAACAACAUUAUGCCAACGAUAUAAACUCAGCAAAAAAAUAAAUGUCAUCUUACUGUCAACUACGUUUAUUUUUAGCAAACUUAACAUGUGUAAAUAUUUUUAUGAACAUAACAAGAUUCAAAAACUGAGACAUAAACUGAACAGG